UGCAGGCGGGCGGGGUUGGCAGUGCACACCUCCACUGCCCGGCCCGCGGGCGGCAUGGGGCGGGUGCAGCUCUUCGAGAUCUGCCUGAGCCACGGCCGCAGCGUCUACAGCCCGGGGGAGCCGCUGGCGGGAGCCGUGCGCGUGCGCCUGGGGGCGCCGCUGCCCUUUCGAGACAUCCGCGUGAGCUGCACGGGCUCCUGCAGGGUGUCCGACAAGGCCAAUGGCACAGCAUGGGUGGUGGAGGAGGGCUACUUCAACAGCGUCCUGUCGCUGGCCGACAAGGGGAGCCUGUCCGCUGGAGAGCAUACCUUCUCCUUCCAGUUCCUGCUUCCUGCCACAGCGCCCACGUCCUUCGAGGGCCCUUUUGGGAAGAUUGUGCACCAGGUGCAGGCCACUAUCCACACACCACGUUUCUCCAAGGACCACCAGUGCAGCUGCGUGUUCUACAUCCUGAGUCCCCUGAACCUGAACAGCAUCCCGGACAUUGAGCAACCGAACGUGGCCUCCACCACCAAGAAGUUCUCCUACAAGCUGGUGAAGACGGGCAGCGUGGCCCUUACUGCCAGCACUGACCUGCGGGGCUACGUGGCGGGUCAGGUGCUGAGGCUGCAGGCAGACAUCGAGAACCAGUCGGGCAAGUCCACCGGCCCUGUGAUGGCCAGCCUGCUUCAGAAAGUGUCCUAUAAGGCCAAGCGCUGGAUCUACGACCUGCGGACCAUUGCGGAGGUGGAGGGCUCGGGCGUCAAAGCCUGGCGGCGCUCGCAGUGGCAGGAGCAGAUCCUGCUGCCCGCCCUGCCCCAGUCGGCCCUGCCUGGCUGUAGCCUCAUCCAUGUGGACUACUACCUGCAGGUCUCCCUGAAGGCUCCGGAAGCCACCGUGACCCUCCCGAUCUUUAUCGGCAAUAUCGCUGUGAACCAAGCCCCCCUGAGCCCUCAGCCAGGCCCUGGGCCACCUCCUGGGGUUCUGUCCCUUGUGCCCUCUGCGCCGCCCCAGGAGGAUGUUGAGGCCGUGGCCGGCCGCCCCCACUUCACGGACCCUGUCUCCCUCUUCACCACGAGCCACUCGCAGCAGCUGCCGCCUGCAACCUUUGGUACAGUGACCUGUGUCUCUGAACCGGGUCCUCAGGAUGGCAGCCCCGCCUCCUACCCUCUGGCCCCUGCCUUGUGCAUCUCCACAGGUGCCACCGUUCCCUACUUUGCAGAGGGUCCUGGAGGGCCAGUGCCUACCACCAGUACCUCCAUCCUCCCCCCGGAGUACAGCUCGCAGUGCCACCCCUAUGAGGCCCCGCCUUCCUAUGAGCAGAGCUGCAGCAGUGCUGACCCCAGCCUGACCCCCCGGAGCUGACCUCGCAUUGCCUUCUCCCAGGCGGCCAACCUCUGCCCUGGGACUGGAUGCCCAGGGCCUCGUGCCUUCGCUCCGGGCCUGGCCCGGUCCACUCAGGACUCGCCGUGCCCGAUCCUACUCUCUGCUUCCUUUGGGCCUCCUCUCCGGUCCCCUGCAGUUGGCCUCUCCCUGCGGGACCGGGUUGGAGGGACGCCAUGUAAAUAAAGCUCUUCAUUUGUAGAGCUGGGCACAGGCCGGCCUCUCGGGCGCCCGCCUGCGGCCGGGUGCGUGGAGGGCCCAGCCUGUGGGGGGGAAUCCCUCUUCAGCCCCGCCCCCUCCUCUCCCCUCUCCUAGGCCCCGCCCCACUCCGGGCUCCCCCUCCUCAGCCCAGCUCGGCUCCUUCCGGACGCAGGCCCCUGCACAGGCCUGCCCCUCCCAGGCUCCAGCCCCUCUCCUAGGUCCUCGCCCCUUAACCUCCCGAGCGUGCCCCCUUUCUUCUGCCUCACCCAUUCCCGGUCUCGAGCCCCUCUCGCUCCUUCCAGGAGCGUGCCCCUUUCCUGGUCUUCUGGUCCUUCCUUCCCGGUGUCUUGGGCCGGAAAGCAGGCCGGUGGCGCCCUCCCGGCUGCGGAGAAGGACGAGCCUUGCGGGUUACGCGUGUUGGUCCGUUGAACCUGGGACUGGGGCUGGCGCUUGGACCCCCGGUUCUGCUUUAGGGUGUGCCCUCGGGUCAGGGUUUCGUGUCUGGAGCCCUGACGUUAAUUUAAAAUGAGUUUCACGUAGGGUGAAGACAACCCGUUUCAUUUUAUUAACACACACCGUGGGCUUGCCCGUCCAGCACCCAUUGUUUCAGGCUGCGCAGUUUAGACCUGUGCCAGAGGAAAUCCUCGGGGCUAAGGAGGGGCGGGCUCGCCCUUACCCUUGGCCUUAAGUGUCACGUCCCUGAUGUUAGCCUUGCCACGUCUGGCUCUGAGAGAUGCUGCUUCUUGCUUCCCGUCCAAGUAAGAACAACACACCUGCGUUGCAAAGGACUGUCUCUAGGACUCAAGGAACUUAAGAGCAAAUAAAGUCAGGUUUUGUCAGAGCGACAUUUCCCAAAGAGUCAUCCUGCAGACUUUCAAUGCUCUAAGGGGCCAGUGAUCCUGGAACGAACUUUGGGAAACACUGGAGGUGGGGUUAAGAUAAGACUAUGUGUUAAAAUUCCAGCUCUGCCAUAUGGUGGAGGGCUGACCUUGGCUAGGCGUCUCAGUUACUUAACCUAUAACAAGCUCAUGCGACUAUGAGGGGACAGGUCGAGCCACCCCCUCCCCCUAAUGUAUAGAAAUUUAUUUCUCAAACAUUUAAUAGUCCAGAGGUGGAGGGUGUGGCUUGAUGAUGAAGCUGUCACUCUAGUUGAGGCUUUCACCCCUGGGUACAGGGUGGCUGUGGCAGUUUUCACCAUCACCCAGCUUACUGGGCCUGCGACUUCAACUUUUUGGGGGAUGGGCUGGAAAGUCGAUUGUAUCACUCUUGCACACAUCCCAUGGUCGCCCUUUGCUGUUGGAAAUGUACUCUUAGGCAGCCAUGUGCCUGGCUAAAAUUUUA